AAAAGGUAUAGGAAACCUGCUAACCCUAGAUCCCAUCUCUUUCCACUCGAUCCCCUCCUCCCACGCACUCCGGUCCUGCAGGCGGCAGCCGCCAUCCCCUCCGACACCCAACCCCCCCUGCUCCUCCGCGCCCUUGCAGCCGCCACCACCUCCGCCGCCUGGGCUCUAAAGUCCAGGGGACCGAAGGACCGCGUUAUUAUGUCUUAUUGCGUUUUCUGCGGGAUCAUCUCAAGGGAGACGGAGGCGGAGGCGGAAGAGUCCUUUUCCUUCUGCAAUCGGGGCAGAAAAGAGAUUGAUUUCGGUUUGUUUUCCAAGCACACAGCAAUUUUUACUAAUAUGUGUGCCGAGAAGUUGUAACCGGGAUCCUUCUCCCUCUCCUCUAAUAAUCUCCUCCCUUCUGGAGGGGAGACGGCGAUUAAUCCGCCGGCCUGAAUAAACAGAGGAGUGGGAGGAGUCGCCCAUCAAAGAAGCAACAUCAAUCACAUCUCUGAAAGGCCAGUUCUUUUGCUUUAGCGGAUCAGCCAUGAAGAACAAGAAGGGUCGCCGCGGCCGCAACAAAGCAACUUGCAACGAAGACGCUGCUUGCAAAGCAAACGGAGACAGGCUUAGCAGGCUGCCCAAUGAUCUUCUGCUCAAUAUCCUGGAGAGGGUGGAGACGUUUGACGCCCUCAGAGCCUGCAUCCUCUCGAAGCGAAUGCUGCAGCUCCCCGCCAUGCUCUCGCAGAUUGUUAUCGAUGUUGGUUCCCUCGUCCCUGACCCUGAUAGCUCCCGUGAAUUUGGCAUCCGUGAUGUGGCUAGGGUCAAUGGCGCUGUCGCUAAGAUAACUGAUAACAUCUUGUGGAUGAGGAGCCCAGGAAUCACCAUCCGCAAGCUUAAUGUCAGAAUGGUCUUGAGGCAUUAUGACGUUCUCUCUGUUGGCAAAUCUUUUGCCCACGCCAUGGCAACCCAGAAGGUCCAGAAAGCUGAAAUUGAGUUCAUGACGGAGAAGGCUUGCGCGGAUUGCACACCUGCCGAUCUCGUCGACUUUGCCAAGUGCUUCAAUACUAUCCUUGCUGAUUGUCUGGAUGCAUUCGCUGGCCUUACGCGCCUAUGGCUGCAAAAUAUGCGAUUUGGUGAAGGCGACAUCCCCAAUGUCCUGACCACUUGCAAGCGGUUGAAAUCUUUGCGAUUGUCCUACUGUGACUCAGGGAUCCGUUCUGUGCUGUGUUUAGAACAUGCUCAACUCGUUGACCUCGAGAUCGACUAUGGGAAGUUCGAGAAAGUUGUGCUCAACUGGCUACCGGAACUCCAACAAGUGACUUAUAAUAACUGGUGCUCUUACGACGAUGAGCCCCUGUCUUUUGGUUUCGUUCCGCAGCUUUCAAAGCUAAGCCUCGCGAAAAUUGCUGUCUGCUCAGACAGGUGUCUAGAGUUGAGCCAGCUCCUUGCUAAUUUCCUCUCCAUAAGCGAACUGCAUCUGAAUUUUCGAAGUGAAAAGAUUUGGGUUCUACCAGAAUGUCCGAAACUGCUCACGCCUGUUCUUGGCAAACUGCGGCUUGUGAAUCUGGAAAACCUUCCUGAAGGAUGUGAUAUUGCUUGGACAAUGUUCAUUCUUGAAGCUGCACCGGUCCUGAAGGAGCUAUGCAUCACAGUAUGGGAUCAUUGGUGCAUCAUGGUGACAGACAAGGAGCACCGGAAGGCGAGUGGUUACUGCGACAACAGAAACGUAGAGUGGAAGCCAUCUGUUUCCAUUUUGAAGCAUAAGAAUCUUGCCAAGCUCACCAUCUAUGGCUUCCAAGCCGAUGAUAACUUCAUUCGAUACGUCAGGCGUGUCAUGGUAGCUGCGGUGAACAUGGAGGAGAUAUCUCUUCAUGACAGGAUGGUGUGGAAGUGCUGUAGUGACUCGGAUCCCAAGACAAGGUAUCCACGGACUGAUGAGGAGAGGCAACAUGUUAUAGAGGAACUGGGAAUGGAUCUUCAUUCCGUGGUUCACUUCCGGUCCUAAUUGAAAUCAAUGAGUGACAUUGGAUUACAGUGAUCUAUUGUUUUAUGUGAAUCAUAUGGCAUCACCAUGAUGGAAGGAGCUACUGAACUGCGUAAUUCGGUUGUUACCGCUGUUACACUUUUGUCUCCCCGUAAAUUCAGAGCAGUACUGUUGCCCAGUUUCAGCUGGAGGAGAGACUGGCAAAGGUGUGGAAUUGCUGGUGACCUAUCCUCUGCAUUUUUUCUUUAAGAUGAUGCCCUACUUACUCUAUGUAGUUGAAAGGAGUUGCUGAACUCUGAAAUUCGGUGUUACCGUUGUUGCACUUUUGUUUACCCUUUGAUUCAAUGUCCUCAGUAUUCUGUUUUCUGAUGCUUC